CGUGCGGGAUGCUCGCAAUGUUGCAACUCGCGUGGAUUUCCAUUUUCAUCGCCAUUAGUGGUAUCAAUGCUAAGAUAGCGCAAAAUGAUUGUGAUGUUGAGCAGCUAUCCAUUGUAUCAAUUAGAAAGAAUGGUAGACACGUUUGUUCUGGCGCUAUAAUUGAUGAGUAUCACGUUGUCACAUCGGACCGAUGUGUCCCAUCAUUUCCACAUGUCUGGAACGUUAUGAAUGAUAUAGCUGUGGUUAGCGGCACGUGCACUCUCAAACCCAGCGGUAUUCGUAUUUUAACCAAAGAAAUGUUCUCACAAAAUCACUAUCUCAAUCCGACUGAAAAUCCCUUUGUGAGCGGCCUUGGUGUGCUUAGGCUCUUUCGACCACUUCAUUUCGGAGAGAAAGUGCAGCCGAUUCCACUGUCUGAAACGGAAGUACCGUUGGAUGCAAAACUACAAAUGGUUGGAUGGAUGAUGGCUGAUCGUGAAGGAAAGAAAACUGCCAAUUUGAAGAGCGUCACGUUAAAAACGAUAGAUUCUAAAAAAUGCCAGUCGUUCCACAAGAAAACUCUCACUGACUCGGAAUUCUGCACUCAACCGGAGUCCGAAAGCGAUUUUUGCAAGGGUGACAGAGGCAGCCCUCUGAUAUACGAAGGCAAACUUGUCGGUGUAUCUACUUAUGGUGUUUCAUGCGAUGCCAAUCCAAUUCCGGAUGUCCAUCCUAUUAUAAGUAAAAACCUCGAAUAUCUUUACAACAUUACAAGAACGUAAAGAUUCAGAAGUUUUAUUUACGCUAUUGUUAAUUUGCAUUUUGAAUACAGUGUAUAAACAUGACUGAUAUUCGCAAACAAUAUUAAAAAAUAUUAUAUAUUAUA